CUUGCCAGACUGUCCAUAAAUCCGUGCUCACCAUCUCACGACCGCUCACGACUUGUCCUGUGAGGUUAUGUUGUAUUAUUGUCCUUAUUGCUAUUAUUUUGCCACUAACUCAGUUUGAGAGAACGUAAUAUAAAAGUAGCAUAUGUGAUUUACAUACGUGAAGCCUUCGAAGAGUUAAAGCAUGUUUGUAAAAAAUCAGAUGUUACUUGUACCAUUUGGAUUAAUAUUCCUAUACAGUUUAGCGGUUCCAGUUUUGUCUUACGUCAUUGAAUUAGGGCCAGUGAACAAACUUCUUCGAUGCCCUGGAUUGUACUGUGGGCGGCAGAUAUUAUCAAAUGGUAGCUGGAGUAAUUGUGGCGCAUGUCCACGUGGCUAUAGGACAAAUGUUUCAUCGGCAUGUAUUGAGUGCAAUGACAGACCCGAAUUUUAUGAUUGGCUAUAUCUUGGUUUUAUGGUAUUACUUGCACUUGUUUUACAUUGGUUCUCUAUAGAUACAGCUGCUAAGAGACGAAGUUUCUGUAAGGAAGUGUUGGUGCUGCAUAUCUCGGCUCUGUUUGAAAUUGUAACAGCAGCAAUUCUCACACUGCUCAUGUCAGAUCCUGUGGGAAGUUUGGCUGUGCGCUCUUGUCGAACAGAGAAACUCUCUGAUUGGUAUACAUUACUUCAUAACCCCAACCCACACUAUGAUGAGACACUGCAUUGCACACAAGAAGCGGUAUAUCCACUGUACACAAUGGUGUUUAUUUUUUACGCAUUAUCUGUUGUGCUUAUGCUGCUUGUGAGACCCUGGUUGGUGCAGCAUUUUCUUCCAAAACAUGGCAAGAUGUCAAUUUAUGCAGCACUUUAUUUCUUUCCAACCUUAGCACUUAUUCAGGCAGUCUUUGGAGGUCUUAUUUAUUAUUCCUUUCCAUAUGUAGUUAUCAUUUUGUCUGUCAUAUCAAAUGCAGCUCAUUUUGCAUUCAAAUUAGAUCAGUCUAUGCAGUUCUUGAUUGUAAAUACGGUAACAGACAUAAGAAACGUUGUGAUCCUGCUCGGUCACUGGCUACUUCAUGCAUAUGGGAUUAUUGCAAUCACACAACUACAAGAUCCUGUAUUUCAUUCUGCACUUGUAGCCUUAGUGCCACUACCAGCUGUGUUCUACAUUCUAACUGCUCGUUUCACAGACCCUAACAAACUUCAUACAGAUUGACAAGACAGAAUUUCAGUAUCUCA